UCUUUCACACAAAUACAAACACCAAGAAUGAAAAUGUCAACACAAUAUUCAAAGGCAUUUAUUUUUCUAAUUUUUUUGGGAUUAUUUGCACGUGACACGUCAGCUAGAAUACUCUUAGGAGAUGCAGUAGCUACAGUUUUUGAGAUCCCAGCUGGUGUAAAUGGCUUAGGAUUUGGUCAGAUUGUCGGAGGAGCUGGCGGCAGUAGUGGCGGCAGCAGCGGUGGCGGUGGUGGAGGAGAUGGUGGUUUUAGUGGCGGAAACAGUGACGGAUUUGGAUUUGGAUUUGGUAGUGGCCACGGGUCAGGCUUAGGCGGUAGUGGCGGCGGUGGUGGUGGCAGUGGCGGUGGCGGGGAGAAUGGUGGUAGUGGUUUUGGGUUUGGGAUCGGUGAAGGUUUCGGCGGUGGUGGCAUUUGAUCUAAUAAAGUAGUAGUGGCAUAUUUUAUUUAUUUUAAUUUAAUUUUUAAUAAGCUUUUAGUAUAUAUAUGAGAAUAUAUUUAAUUUCACUA